UUGUUGAGCGGGUAAUGCUUUAAGCGCAUUCGGUUAACGUACUGAGGGAAACGCAUGUCCAACUCAGGGGGGGGGUGUUGACAGUGCCUGGCUUGCAGUGCAACUCUGUGAGAUGCAGCAAGGCCAUGGUCAGGUUGAGCAGCUUGUCAAAAUUGGGAGUGGUAUGUUUGAUAUUCAGCUCGCGAAGGCCAAUGAAGCAGAAAAGUUCUGCAAAAUUAGCCAAAAAAAGGUCGGGCUUGAUAGGAAUCUCCAUAUGAAACCUAUUCAGGGUCGGAGAAAUACUGUGAAGAAGCUGGAAGAAAUUGGCCGCCAAGUUUACUGGAUUAUUACCAAAGAUAUUGGCGUGGAUGAUUUCCACGUAAUGAAAGCUGGAAAGCUUUCUGCUGCCAUUUGCACAACAGCGCUUGGGUGCAUCGAGCACAAUCAAGUUCAACCUAAUGUUAACGCGCCCGAGUGUAUCGACAUUGGCAACAGACAAGACUUGGCUCGCAAUCCGGCUGCAGGCGUCAAUGCGCAGAUAGUAAUGGCUCGGGAACACAAUUCCAUUGGGAAAAGCAGGCAAAGGCCCAGCCUCAGAAUAUCCUUCAAUGUGCAGCCUGCGCAAGCAUGGGUACGACGGCAGAUUGCCGCGUGCAUCCACAACCAUCCCAGCCAAAUCAAACUCAUUUAUCAAAUAAAUCGCCACGUCCUCCAGCGUCAACGCCUUAUACUGCACGAGUUGAAAAAAACGACUCCUGUUCGUCAUCCAACUUUAAACAGGCGUAUGUCAGAUACACGUUGUUACCAGAAACAAGGGCGCUCGGGAUACCAGUGUCCUUACUGCGGAAUCCCACACCCUCAAUUCCCUUGAGGCUGUCAGGCAUCUUGCGACCAAGCACAUCUAAAAGCACGCCCAUGUCGGCAAGCCCAACUCUAUCAUCGCCAAAGUUGUGCAAAUGCAUGUGUUUGGCAAACUGAAGCGGCACAUGUUCAGAUUUGACACCGUCCUUGAUCCCAACAUAAUCAAAACUGAGCUCGACAAUUUGGACAUUCAGGUAAACAGCUCCUGGAGAUAAUUCUUGCUGAGAUGUUAAUAACCAGCAGCCACUGGUUAUUUCCUUCAUGUCUAUGUCCCAGAUAAGCUUCUUGGCAAAUCAGCAAAAACGGAGCUACAUUUUUGCCCGAGUCGGAAGAAUAAUCGACCUUCAGGUGGCGGAAGUCGUAAUAUUCACUCUGGGUGUAUUAGGCAAUAUCCCGAAUUACGUAAAGCGGUAAAGGCUGAAAGGGUGAGUGUUUGGCAGACAUUGUAAGAUGCAUUCAAACGAAAUUAUGUGAAACUGAUCUUGA